AUGUUGUAUUCUCUCGCUCUUCUGGCGCUCUCCGCCGCCACGGCUACUGCAUCCUAUGCGGGCAACCUGAACUACCGCAGUCCUUCCCUGCACCAUCCUUCCCUAGGUAUCUCUGUGCCCAAGGUUGCGAAGAGAAGCGACCCGUCCGCCGGAUUCACCGCAGACGGAUUGAACUUCACUCACGGCGUUGCGUCUGGAGAUCCCUACGCCAACUCCGUUAUCCUGUGGACUAGAUGCUCCCCGCAUUUCGAUGAUGUCAAUGACAACAGCACCGUCUCCGGUGACGUGCCACUUUACAGCCCUGUCCCAAUCCAAAAGGAUACCGAUGAACAUAAGCCUAUCUCCAAGGCUCCUGUUUGCCUGACCUACAAGGUUGCCAAAGACAACAAGUUUAAGCAGGUUGUUGAGAAAGGAACUGUCUACACUAGCUCCGAUGUCGACUACACUGUCAAGGUUGAAGCCACGAAGUUGAAGCCAUUCACCACCUACUACUACCAAUUCUAUGUUUGCAACUCGGACAAGAAGAGUCCAAUUGGACGUACCAAAACCGCGCCAGCUGAGCACGACUUGGUCAAGGAUAUCUCCCUUGCCGUGUACUCUUGCAGCAAUUUCCCAUUCGGCUUUUUCAAUGCAUACGGAAAUCCCGUAAGAAAGGACUCGGUCGACUAUGUCCUUCAUCUAGGUGACUACAUUUACGAAUAUGAGGAUGGUCACUAUGGUUCUGGCAAGGACAUUGGACGAGUACCCUUGCCCAAUCGUGAUAUCAUCACCCUUUAUGAUUACCGCAAGCGCCAUGCUACCUACAGAACCGAUUUGGACUUGCUUGCCAGUCAUCAGAAUUUCCCCUGGAUCCCAGUCUGGGAUGACCACGAGGUCGCUGAUAACACCUACCGUGAUGGAUCAUCAAAGCUUAACAACACCGAGCAAUCGUUCAUUGCCGAUGGUGGAAUCAGCACCGAUCAGAGAAAGAUGAACGCUGUUCGCGCUUACUUCGAAUGGAUGCCAAUCAGACAAGUCGAGAUGGACGACAACCUUCGUAUCUGGCGUAACUUCCAGCUUGGCUCCCUUCUUGACGUCCUCAUGCUCGAUACCCGUGUCUAUGAUCGUUCAAUCACAGAUCUAUACUGGAACACCGAUUACAUUGCCAAGAUUCGGGGUGACGCCAGCCGUACUUUGAUGGGCUCCCGUCAAGAGAACUGGUUCUACCGAAACCUCAUUGAGUCCGCAGAGCGAGGUGCUAAGUGGCGUGUCAUCGGAAGUCAGAUCGUGUUCUCUCACAUCAACGAAUCUGCUGCGUUCGGUGCUCACCGCAACCUUAACAAUGACGCUUGGAGCGGUUAUCAAGCAAACAGAAACCGCACCUUCAAGACUCUUUAUGACCACAAUAUCCCAAACAACAUCAUGAUUGCCGGUGACAGUCACGCCAACUGGGUCAGCGAUCUUGUCUGGCUGGACGAGAAGCCAUAUGACCCCAAGACCGGCGAGGGUGCUAUUGGCGUUGAGUUCGCCGGUUCAGCAAUUUCCUCUCCAUCCCCCGCUGGUGCCAAAAUCAGCAUCAAGGAUUCCAUUGAGAAAUCAAAGCUUCUCGCAACCACCAACAAAGUCCUGCAAUGGUCUGAGCUGUAUUACCGUGGCUACUUCGAGCUCCACUUUAACGAGAAGGAAGUGCAGGCCCGAUACUUCGGAACUCCCCAUAUCCGUAACCGAAAUGCGGAUGAGAUCUCCCUGGCCAACUUCACGGUAAAGGCUGGAGCUAACCGUCUAGACCGAGGAAAGGUUGGUGUCCCUGGUGGCGGUAUUGUCGAGAACGGAUGGCUCAAGGGUGGAAAGGUGGUGCAAACCAACCUGACCAACAACACUGAGAGUGGAAUGUGGCACAUCAGCAAGUAA